GUUUAGCUUGCAAGGCUGUUUGUCUGCAAUGCUCUCCGACUAGUAAAGCUGCUUUUCUCUUCCUACCCUUUCACAUCUCCUCCAGUGUAACUCUCACCGGCCGUGAAACGCUGAGAGUUGUUUACAUCAUUUUUGCAUUUCACUGCAAACCUCGCGGAAGCCUUUUUUUCUGCUCUCUUUGUAUCUGGAGAUUUUUUUUAAUUUUUUUUUGCAUUUGUAUCAGUAGAUAGCUGACACCGUGCAUCACGAACAAAGGCUCAGGGCUUUGUGUUCUUCUACCGAGUGUCAAACUCCAAAUAUCUUAUCCUGCAAACGAGGUUUUAGUUGCAGUGUUCAGAGAGAGGGGGGGUGUUUUGUUUGCAGCUGGAGCUUGCUCGACAGGAGGAGGAGAGCGCACACACACACUCUCUCACACACACACACACACCGUGAGGGUUUUUUUUUUUAAAUCGAGCAUUUGGUGUGCGCCAUGGCGACCGAAGUGGGUUCGUGGUCCACCGCUCCUCAAGCCGACGGGAUGUUUUCUCACGAUGAGAACCUGGCAGACGCUAACCGCUCCUACAGUGGCGACGAGGCAGAGGUGAACGGCAACUGGACGCCUCAGGAGAAAGCGCUCCACGAGGCGCGACUCAAAGCAAAAGCAAAGCGCCGCCUGCGCAAGUCAUCGUCCCGCAACUCCACCAGCGAGUCGCUCUCCGAGUCAGGAGACGUGGCGGGGGGCGACCCGAACAGUCCGAAGGGCAAAGUCAACACCAACGACCGCAAGUCCAGGACGGGCAAAGGUCGAGGCCUGCCAAAGAAAGGUGGAGCGGGCGGUAAAGGAGUUUGGGGGGCUGCUGGGAUGGUUUAUGAAGACGAGGAGCCUGACAUGCGGGACCCUAACUAUGAUGAAUCUUCUCAGGGUGACACAGUCUAUGCAACAGUUGUUCCUGAGGUAGAUGAGAAGGAACUAGGAAAAAUGGUCAACCCAAUCGUGAAGGAGUACUUUGAACAUGGAGACACAAAAGAGGUCCAGAUGUUGCUGAAGGAGCUGAACCUUGGCCCACAUAAGUACGAGUUCUCCUCCCUGGCCGUGUCUCUCUCCCUGGAGGGGAAGGCGAGCCACAGAGAGCUGACCUCCCGCCUGCUCUCUGAUCUGACCGGCAAGGUGCUGUCACAAAACGACAUGUCCCGAGCCUUCGACAAGAUCCUCAAAGAGCUGCCAGACCUCAUACUGGACACACCAGAGGCCCCCCAGAUGUUGGGCCAGUUUAUAGCAAGAGCCAUAGCUGACCACAUCCUCCCCAUGUCUUUCCUGGACUGUUAUAAGGGCAAAGUGGUCUGUGAGCACGCCAGAGUCGCUUUGGACCGUGCUGUAGUGCUUCUGACCAUGAAGAGAGAGAUGGUCCGUCUGGAUAACGUGUGGGGUGUUGGCGGGGGCCUGAGACCUGUCAAACAUCUCGUCAAAGAGAUGAAUCUCCUGCUGAAGGAGUACCUGGUGUCAGGUGAAGUGUCUGAGGCAGAGCGCUGUCUGCGAGACCUGGAGGUCCCGCACUUCCACCACGAGCUGGUCUAUGAGGCUGUAGUGAUGGUGCUGGAGUCGAAGGGAGACACUGCCAGUCACAUGAUGAUGAAGCUGCUGCAAUCCUUCUGGAAAACAGGCCUCAUCACUGUGGAUCAGAUGAACAGGGGUUUCCAGCGUGUCUAUAGCGAGCUCCCUGAGAUCAACCUCGACGUGCCGCACGCUCACUCCAUCAUGGAGGCCUUUGUGGACCUCUGCUACCAGGAGUCUGUCAUCACCAAGCAGCUGAGGGAUGCCUGUCCCUCCAGAGGGCGGAAGCGUUUUGUCAGCGAAGGAGACGGUGGAGUGAUCAAGAGCUAAUCGACAAGAGAAAAAGAAAAAGGAUGAGGAUGGGUGUCUACAGGUUCAUUCACCCGGUUUCUGCUCCAGCAUGUCUUCUCCUGACACCAGGCGUGCUGGAAGUCUCAAAGUUUCCUUUUCCCUCUCUUGAAAAUAUUGUCAAUACAUAAACCAGCGUUGACGUUUGGUGAAAGUAGACUGACGAGUGGUUUCAGGCGUUCAGUCCCAUUCAUCUUGUUAAUCACCGUUUUUGACUUUUGUAAGAAUACUCUUUAUUUCUGGGAUUUGAUGCACCCCUCUCUCGGCAGUCUUUGUACCUGUUACUCCAGAAGUAUACUAGAGUGGCAGGAUUACAGGUAGACAGGCUGAAUUUUUUGGAAGAUAUUUUUUUCUUUGCUUACCUUCGCCAUGUUUAAUUUUUCUCAUGUGCUGCAUUAUAAAAAAAAAAAAAAAAGCACUUAAAAGAAAAAGCAAACUGUACAGUCAGUGGGCCCUGAGUAAUUCAGCUCAACUGAGCCUUUUUUUCUGCCACAAAUGAUGUGAAAUUAUUUCAAGGACAGCCUGCUUUGUAGCUUCUAGCUCAAUUGGUUCUAUUGAUCCUUUCUGAACAGCUUUUUUUGUUCUCCUUGUUUCAUUCGUUCUUGGUCUCUAAGGCCAAAUGUUCACUUUGUAAAACACAGCAUUUAAAGCAAGAAGUUUUUUGGAACUGUUUUGGGUUUGUUAUUCAGUAUAUUGCAUUAUAGGCAAUUUACGUUUUGAAAAAUAAAAAAUAAGUGUAAAAUAAAUUAAAAAGCAAAAAAACUGAGCACUCUGACUUUGAUUGUUAUUAAUAAAUAUUCAGCUCACAGAGUCAGCAAUUUAUUGUCAACAGUUAUACAAACCCUAUGUUUAAAAAAAAGUUUCUCUGGACUUGGAAUCAGUUUGUGAAAUUGCAACCCCAGCCUUUCUUUGAAGACAAUAUGUCGGGCAUAUUCAGACUUUACUGCCACUGCCUGUAACAGUUAUACAUGUUGACCAAAGUUAAAAUAUGUUGCUACAAAACUAUAUUUCAUUCAUUAAAAAAAAGCAAAAUAAUAAAA